AUGUACUCUUACUGUGCUUUGUUGAUAGCUGCCGUUAGAGAUGCCAAUAAAGACUUAUACCUGUUGUUAAUACAAGCAUUAGUGGAGUACUUUGAACGAACUCCCCAGAGAUUGAAGGAAUUGAUUCUAAUCCAUUAUAUAGACUCUCCUGGUGGCUCCAAAUGUCAACAAGUGUUCUUCAAGUACUUAAGUGGUGUCAUGUCCGCCAACGAUAAGCUAUCUGUCACUGAGAAGAGUAAUUCUAUUCUCCAAAUGGUGGAGAAGUUAGCAGCCACAGAUCUUGUGAACGAGACCCCAUUCUUGAUCACCAGUUCCCUCUAUGAAAGUUUGAUCAAUGGCAUUCAUAGAAACGAUUAUGGCCGUCUUUUCCUGGCAUUUGUCACUGCUAAUGUGCUGACUAAGUAUCCAUUUGCAAUGAGACAUUUGAAGAAGUCGUUAAUGUCAGGCUCUAAUAUGGAGAAAUUCAUAGCUAGAACAGGUUGGUUCGAGCCCAAAUGGCAUGAUACAAUUUCGGUGAUUAAAGAUCCCAAGAAAGAACGUCGUAUUAUGCUUUAUUUUACCUUGACAGAAAUAAGAUACUUCACCAAUUAUGCCAUUGAUAACAAUGAUCUUAUUAACGCCAACUUUUAUUUGAAUAUACUCAUACAAAAGUUUGAACAACUAUGCCAAAAUAUGAACACUGAAAAGGACGUUUCAAAGUUUCAAAAUACUCUUAUGUAUGAGGUGAAGUCAACAUUGAAUGUGAUCCUUAAUCAUGUCAUGACAUUCAGAGGAUCCCAAGAAUCAGUCAAAGUACUCAAUUAUAUUGUGAAAAGUGGACUACCAUUAGAAAUACCUACUAUAUUAAUCUUACUUCAAAGCUUAAGAACCCAAGGGUAUGUCCAGCAAGCUUUAACAGUGGUUAACUCACUUAAUUGGGAAACCUUAAAGGGCCAAGAUGCUCUGACCAUUGUUGAAGAGAUAAUAUCUUUAAUUCAAACCCGAUAUCCAAGAUCUCCAAAGAUUUUAAUUGGUUAUAUUGCAAGCAUUUAUACCGCGGCGAAUGGUUUGAAUGCUCUUUCCCUAUUGGAUGACCUUGGAUUAUUAUGUUCUGUUGAAGAACGGGCUUAUACUCCUCGGAGAAUUAGUUCCAUGGACAUUAUCCAAAAAGCUAAUGUUGAACCUCAUUUAUGUGGGUUCCAAUUCACUUCCAAGAGCCUUGUGGCAGUGUAUGAGACUGUACUCAAGCUGAUUCCCGUGGCACUUAUUACAGAGGAAACAAUUCAUCUGUUAUUCGAGAAAUAUCUUGCAUUAUACUUGAAUGGAAAAGAUACUUUAGAUAUCUUCAAUGAUAAGCAACAUACGGAUUCUGUCAUUGUAAUAUUAAUGAAGUAUCUUCUUCUUGCUGACGGAGAAAACACCAAAAUGAAGUUUGUGCUGACGACAUCUCGCUAUAAUGCUGCCAAGAGUAUUACUAUGCAAUAUCUAGAACAAGUUGAAGUACCCGAUAACGGUAGAUCAGGUUAUUUGUUUGAUAUGUUGAUUUCCGUGGCCCUUUUGAAACAUCAAGAUUAUGAAUUUGCUUCCAAAGUUAUCCGAUUCUCCAGAUCCCAUAAUAUCCCAUUUAGUUUCAACCAGAUUUAUCCGUUCAUUAUGUACCAUUAUGGUCGGAAUGAGUUCGGUAUGGCUGAACAAUGGUAUAAUGUUCUUAUAAAACACGGCAUUAGUGCAGCAGUCGGCCCUGCGAAAGAUCUUUAUCGUAUAGCCCGUGAACUUCAAUGGAGUGUCAAUGGGUUUGUGUAUCGGAAGAUGCGUAUUCGUAGGAACUAUGCAAAGAAGGAAGAGAUGAAUAGACUUCAACAAGAACCCAUCGUGCUUAUUGAAACCGAUGAUACACAAACUGUGGAAGAUGAAGUCACCGAUGAGUUAAUUUCCGGAGAACAUAGUUUGAAUGACUUUGGAGAUGAACUUAGUUCACUUUUACAAGAAGCUUCUUAUAAUUAA